UGCACAAUAAGUUAAAACACCAUCUAUUGACAGACCCACCCUUUUCUUUUCUAGUCCACAGGACUUUUUAUGUUAUGUUAGAUUGCAGCUUACUGUUAGUUAUUCAACAAGUGAAGUCUCCUUUUUAUACGUACUAUAUAUAAAAGUUAAAUAUAGACUGAUAUUAAACUGCUGUAAAAUUCCAGUGGAGUGAAUUUGGGUCUUAAGUUGAAACACUGACCUGUUUCUGAUUGGCUAAUGAGCUCUAUUUGAAUAUCUCUCAGGCUGAUUUAAGAAACAUAUAAUGGCUUCUCGGGGGAAAUCAGAAACUGGGAAACUAAAGCAGAACAUGGAGGAGCAGCUGGAUCGAUUAAUGCAGCAGCUACAAGAUCUAGAGGAGUGCAGAGAAGAGCUUGAUGAUGAUGAGUAUGAGGAAACCAAAAAAGAGACACUGGAGCAGCUGAAUGAGUUUAAUGAGUCCCUGAAAAAGCUCAUGUCCGGAAACAUGACCCUCGUGGAUGAAUUGGGAGGGAUGCAGCUAGCUAUCCAAGCUGCCAUCAGCCAAGCAUUUAAGACCCCUGAAGUUAUUCGACUGUUUGCAAAGAAGCAGCCUGGGCAAUUACGCACAAGAUUAGCAGAGAUGGACCGUGACGUGAUGGUGGGGAAACUUCCCAGAGACGUGUACACUCAGCAAAAACUGGAGAUCCUCACGGCCCUGAGAAAACUGGGCGAGAAGCUUACAGCAGAGGAUGAAGCUUUUCUAACAGAAAACGUCAGUGCCACUCUGAGCCAGUUUGAGAAGGUUACAGCGAAUAUGAGAUCUGAAGAUAAGAUCAUGGCCUUAGCUAGCUCUGGAGUUGAAAAGACCUACACCUAGUGAUGCAGUUUAUCUCCUAUUGUGUCGUUUUUUGUGACGUGUGAUUAUAUUUUUAAAUGGAGUUUUAAUGUAAUGUGUUUCGGAUCACGAUUCUGAAGUGCCAUUCAGUAGAGUUUCUUACUGUGACAGUGUAAUUAUUUACAUGUUUAACCUUUACGUUUCAAAUACAUUUCUGAGUGUGAUUGUCCAAUUGCGGUACAGUAAAGUAAACAGAUGAGAUUUAAUGUAUAAUAGAUACACCUUUGGUACACUGUGUUAGAUGAUUUGUAUUUUGCAAAAUCCUGUGUGUGGCUUUAGGGAAAAUGAAUGUCUUGAUGUUGGACUGUAUUGAAAGUUUCAGAUAAAUUUCAUUGUUGAACGUGUUACUUUUACACUUGAUCUAUUUGUGACUCAUUUACAUCAUUUAAUUCGUAUAUAUCUACAUAAUACACAAACACGGCUGUCUGAUUUGGAGUUUGAUUCGAGUAUUCAGAACCGCAUGCUUUUUAUUCACGAACAUGAGACAUUAAUAAUAAUAAUAAUAAUAAUUGUACCUUUUCCUAUUAGUUUUUUUUGUAUAGAUGUGUUAUUUACUAAUGUUGAAUAACAAUGCCUUAUAUGUUAAUACACUUGAAAACCUGGAAAAAAUGGUCA